UGCGCCGCCGAAGUUACAAUGUUAUUGUAUGCGUAGUGCUGCGUCACUCGCGCCAGCUGAUCGCGCGACUUUUUACUUCUCUCGCUCUCUGUUUUGCUCGUCGUGUUAUUGCUCUCGCUCGAGACGUCUCGCGUGUCGUGUCGUGCGUAUUUGCAUCGGACCAUACACGCCUCCAACUCUCUCUCUUUCUCUCUCUAUGAGCAUAAUAAACUCAAAUAUUUUGGGAAGUCAGUCUGGAGAUGUUUUUCCGACCGAGAGCGUGUAACGUACUCGCGCGCUCCUCCUCGUCGUUCGACGUAAUAAUAAUACCAGUACGUGCGCAAGAGACAUGUUUUUCUGAGCCAGUGUUUUAACACAAUAUAAAAUCGGAGCAAAGUACAGUGCCGUUGAAAACAUUAGAACUUCGUGUGACCGCGAGUCGGAAGCUUGCAUAUUUUCGCCAUGCGAUUGUCAACGGUUUGUUAUUUAGCUGUAACGCUGCUGUGCUGCGUUUGCUUCGCGCAGACUUUCCGAUUUAAAGGAGGGCAAAGAUCUCCAGUUAUUUUGGUACCCGGGGAUGGAGGUAGCCAGGUGGAAGCUCACAUCAACAAGACCUCGGUGGUGCACUACGUCUGCGAAAAAACGUCCAAGGGAUUUUUUAACAUUUGGUUGAAUUUGGAACUGCUGGUGCCGAUAAUCAUCGAUUGCUGGAUUGAUAAUAUGAAGCUUAUCUAUGACAAUGCCACACGGACGUCUAGAAACCCAGAUGGAGUAGAUAUCAAUAUCCCCGGGUGGGGAGACCCUUUCGUUGUGGAAUACUUGGAUCCGAGCAAGGCUUCUCCUGGUGCUUAUUUCAAGUACAUUGGAGAUAUGCUCGUUAAAGAUUUAGGAUACAUUCGUAAUAUAUCAUUACGUGGUGCUCCUUAUGAUUUUAGAAAAGGACCAAAUGAAAAUGAAGAGUACUUUACCAAGCUCAAAGAACUUGUUGAAGAAACUUACAUAAUGAAUUUUAAUCAACCUGUUACUCUGUUAGCUCAUAGCAUGGGUGGUCCAAUGUCUUUGAUAUUUUUACAGCGACAAACUCAAAAAUGGAAAGAUAAAUAUAUCAGUUCUCUGAUAACCCUGGCUGGGGCAUGGGGAGGUUCAGUCAAAGCUCUCAAAGUUUUUGCAAUUGGUGAUGAUUUGGGAGCUUAUUUAUUACGUGAGAGUAUUUUAAAGGAUCAACAAAUUACUAGUCCAAGUUUAGGAUGGUUGUUACCAUCUAAAUUAUUCUGGAAAGAUGAUGAAGUACUAGUACAAACUCAAACCAAAAAUUAUACAUUUGCUAUGAUAAAAGAAUACCUAAUAGAUAUUAAUGUGCCAAAUGGUUGGGAAUUUUAUAAAGACAAUGAAAAGUACCAACUUGAUUUUAGGCCUCCUGGAGUAGUAUUACAUUGUUUGCAUGGAGAAAAAGUUGAUACUGUUGAAAAACUUUAUUAUAAACCUGGAAUUACAAUUGAUGGCUAUCCUCAAUUAAUUCCAGGGAAUGGGGAUGGAACAGUAAACAUAAGAAGUUUGGAAGGUUGCAUGCAUUGGACUGAUAAACAAAAACAAAAAAUUUAUCAUCAACCUUUUCCAGGAGUAAACCAUAUGCAAAUUUUGAGUGACAAAAAAGUUCUAGAUUACAUUAAAAAUGUAUUAAACUUUAGUUAAUACCACUCAGAGAUUCUUUUGAAUUCAGGUUCAAUUAAAUUAAUUAAAUAUUUUAAGAAUGUUGAUAUUAACUUGACUUAGAGAGCAUGGAUAUUUAAAAAAUAUACCAUUGUUCAUACUCUGUUGUGUGUUAGUGAGAUUACACUUGUUAUUUAUAGAAAUCGUAUACAAAUAUUUAUUGUUAAGCUUUUGUAUGCCGCCUUAUAUUCUUGCAGACUUCCACGAAUAAUUUAAUUUUCAUUAAGUUUACCAAAAGUAGUUUAUUUCAUUUUGACUGACUAGAGCUGUGACUAAAAACAUAUGUAUACUUAUUUACAACACAGUGUCUUAGGAUUCGUGGCAAUAUAAAUUAUAAUAAAUAUAAAAUAUUUUCAAUAAAAUGUAAUAACUUUCAUAAAACUCUGUUACUUUUACUUUAUCCUGUGUCCUAACUCAUUUAAAUUGGUAAGGGUUUGAAGUGUCAAAAUAUAAUAACAUUUGAUGAAAUUUUUUAAUAAAUAUUCUGUACUUCUUUACUAAUUUUCCAAACAUUGAUAAUAACCUUCUAUGAAUAUAUUACAUACGCAAAUAUUUCACAGAAAAUAUUACUUUAGAUCUAAAAUUUUACAGACAUAAAAUAGUAGCUUUUCUUCCAUUUUAACUGUCAUUAACAUUCACUUAUUAAAUUGCAAUGUCACAUUUUGUAAAGAAAUUAUACAUUUAAUGAUACUGCUCAAGUAAUUGUUCAGCCAACUGAACACAAUAUAAAGGCAGCAGAGGAAUGCUUGAGACUUCUACUAAAACAUUUUUAAUACAUCAGCACCAUUUAGAAAUAUUUUCUCCAACACCAUCAUUGUACAAAUGAAUAUUUAAUAUAUAGAUAUUUAGACAGUAUGUGAUUGAAUUUUCAGAUUUAUGCAUUGAUUAUGCCCAACAAGUUAUAUUUUAUGAAAGUUUAAUCAGAUACUGUAAAAACAAUUGUAACAAAUGAUUUUUGGAAUAUUAAAAUAUAGUUUAUACAUUAUAAUAAUUUUAUACACAAUAUAACAUAUAAUUAAA